AAAUAAUCAAACUCGAUUGAUUUUCACUUUUAAUAAUGACGCGAACGUAGAAGUAGAGUUUAAAGCCACUUCUUCCCAGAUUCAGAUUGCCAUGUUUCCGGUUAUCAUCCUCAGAUUUAUGGCUGCAGAUCUUCUGAUUAUUUGUUCUACAGUCAGAUCAUAGAGAAACUGUUUAUGAACAUUUUCUGUAGCAGAGUUUGUGUUUGCUAUGACUCUUAGGCACGUUACAUGUUACCAAACAUGACAUUGUAUUUUGAGUUGAAGAAUACAUGGAGGAGACAACGGACGAUACUAGGCUGGUGGAAGGACCAGUUCAUAAUGCCCAAUGGAGGCAGUCAGGUCUUAUUGAUAAAUUGCGGAAAAUUUCCCUGGCUUCUCCAGAUGAAACCUCAAGUUCUAAAUCAAAAGGUCAGCUUGACUGUGGGAGUCCAGCAUUUCAUUUAGCAUCACAGACUUUGUGGGACACUGGAAAGCUAGCAGAACCAAUCCAAGAUGGUUUCUACUUUGUCUAUCCAGAAAGAAGAUUCACGGAGCUUUUUUAUUCUAUUCCCUCUAUAGAUGAGCUCCAGGCCUUGGAUGCUGAUGGCCUCAGGCCCAAUGUUAUUCUUGUUGAUGCACGUAAAGAUAAGAAGCUUUCUAUGUUAAAGCAGCUAGCCAUCAAAUUGGUGAGGGGACUCAAUCCAAAUCCUGCCGCCACAAUCAAGAAGCUAGCUGGAUUGGUGUGCAAUUCUUUGAGUUCAUUUGUCCUGUAUUUUUUUCAUUUGAGGUGGCUUCAUAGAAUUAUGUUUUUUUUUAAUUUGUCAUUAACACCUCUAAAGGUCUGUGAUUUCUUCAAAAGACCCAAAUUGGAACCCGGUCAUGUGAGAGGCGCACUUGAAGAAGUCUCUCAUGCAUUAGACAAUCAAGGUAUCCAUAUGCUGGGCCAUGUAAAGUACGGUUCUUGCCAUUCCAAAGCUAUCUUGUUCAAAGUUCUUGCUGACACUGUUGGCCUUGAAUGUAUGCUUAUGAUGGGUUUACAUAGAGAAGGUGUAAUACAGCGAUCAGAUGCGUAUAGGGACAUGUCUGCCAUAGUUGUUCUAAAUUCUGUUGAGUUUUUGGUCGAUCUUGCACGUAACCCUGGGAAGUUGGUGCCGUGCUCAGCAAAGGCAGUCCUUCUCUCUCAUCUCUCUGCUGGUGAAAGUGAUUCUGCCGAGUAUGAUUCAUAUGAUUCACCUAUUGAACCAAAUAGCCCAGUGCGUGGAUUUUCAGAUCAAACAGAAGUGGAAGGAUUAUCUCACAGUGAUCCAAAUGUAGCGAAUUCAUUUUGGCAGAGUCGAAAGAAAGCCAUAGCGGAACAAAGGACCACAAGUUCAAGUCCCGAGCAUCCUCUCUUCCGUGGACAUGGGCGAUCUUUGCUUGGAGAUCGCAGACAUUCAUUCCGAGAGUAUGACAAUGAUAUCAAUGCAUCAAGGUCUGUCGGUGCAUCUCCAAUAGAAUCUCGCAGAAGAAGACGGCGAUGUAUUAGCAUGGUUCCUGAGAUUGGUGAUGAUAUAGUGAGGGCUGUUCGAGAAAUGAGUGAAACUCUCAAGAGAAAUCGACAUCCAGAGGAACAAGUAUCUUCUUCUUAUAGCUGUUCCGCGAGUGAACAAGAAGACUGCUCAGACCCCCGAGGAAGUGUGUCAAGGUUCAAUCCGGACGCACAUGACGGGUUAUAUGGUCAAAAGCCUUUGACAUAUAAACUUCCCCUGAAUUUGAAACAAUUACACUCUCACAAGGCAGUCUCUAUGCCUUCUUCUCCUCAGAGGUUUUCCAGGAAAGCUUCUCUUAUGAGUGACACACCAGAAAAUUUUGCGAAUCCUGGUAUGAUGUCAACAUUCAGUAAAGUGCUUGAAUCGUCAAAGUUCCUGAACCAGCCACUGCUACCCUUCGAAGAAUGGAAUAUUGAUUUUUCUGAGAUAACUAUCGGAUCUCGUGUAGGAAUUGGAUUCUUUGGUGAAGUUUUUCGUGGCACCUGGAAUGGGUUAGAGGUUGCCAUUAAAGUAUUUCUUGAGCAAGAUCCGACUGCUGAGAAUAUUGAAGACUUCUGCAAUGAGAUAUCUAUCUUGAGCCGGAUUCGCCACCCAAAUGUUAUACUAUUCCUUGGUGCGUGCACAACACCUCCGCGCCUGUCCCUAGUUACUGAAUUUAUGGAAAUGAGUUCACUGUAUUACUUAAUCCAUGCAAGUGCGCUGAAAAAGAAGCUGAGCUGGCAAAGGAGACUCAAAAUGCUUAUUGAUAUAUGCAGGGGAUUAGCAAGCAUCCAUCGAAUGAACGUGGUACACCGUGAUCUGAAAAGUGCGAACUGCCUCGUGAACAAGCAUUGGGUGGUGAAGAUAUGCGAUUUUGGACUUUCGCGGAAACUGAUCAGCACGCCAAUGAAAGACUCUUCCUCAGCUGGAACGCCAGAAUGGAUGGCACCAGAACUUAUUCGCAACGAGCCCUUCACAGAGAAAUGUGACAUCUUCAGCCUGGGCGUCAUAAUGUGGGAGCUCUGCACACUCAAAAGACCAUGGGAAGGCAUACCAUCUGUACAGGUAGUUUAUGCUGUCGGCAACGACAGGCAGACGCUUGAAAUCCCAGAAGGCCCUCUGGGCAAGCUCAUAGCAGAUUGCUGGGCUGAACCAGAUGAACGACCAAACUGUCACGAGAUCCUCUCGCGCCUACAAGAAUGCGAGCUCCUGUUGUGCUAAUAUACAACUCUCUAUUCAUUUAUUUCGAUUGAUACAUUACUGCGCCUUUUUGUGCAACAAUUGCACAUACAAGAUGUGGAUGGGCUUUGUUGGUAGUGAGAAUUACAAAUAUGGGACGAUAAUUGGAAAAUGUGGGGUAAAUUAGCAUUCUUUGGUAGUGCUAAUCGUCACUGGAAUGUCAAUUUUUUUUGACAGAAUGUAGACUAUGAUCUGAUUCAAUUGUAUGGAAUGAAACUAAGCAAAAUGUUUGCAUAACAA